GAAUAAAACACGAAGGAAAAUUAAAUUAAAAUAAAACAAAAUGUUCAAAUUUCUUAUCGCUUUUGUGAUCUUCACUACAUCAUCGGCUUACAACAUACCCACAAGUUUCCAAAAAGUUGUUGUAUAUCGGGCACCAUCUCUUUGGGAACCAAAAGAAGAGUCAUGGAAAGAUAAAACUUAUUGGGCACCAGAACCAAAAGUUGACGCAUGGGCACCAAAGGUUGAAUCAUGGGCACCAAAGGUUGAAUCAUGGGCACCGAAAGUUGAAUGGAAAGAACCAGAAGCACCAGCAAAUUAUGACUUCAAAUAUGAAGUUCAUGAUGAAAAGACUGGCGACCUUAAGAGACAAUCAGAAACUGCCAAGAAUGGAGCCGUCAAAGGUCAAUACUCUUUGAUCGAUUCUGAUGGAUUCAAACGCAUUGUUGACUACACUGCUGAUGACAUUCAUGGAUUCCAAGCCACAGUUAAACGUGAACCAACCCACUACAAAAUCCCAAUCCCAGCACCCAAACCAGAAUGGUCAAAACCUGAAGCUGAAAAAUGGUGGUAA